AUGGAGACUGUUCCGGUUGAUGGGGAACUAGAUAGAAUUUCACAUCAUGGUGAUAACAGAGACUCUCAUGGACCAUCAACAGUGGUAACAAACAGCGAUGAAUCUCAGCUUUUAACUCCAGGAAAAAUGAGCCAGCGCCAGGGGAAAGAAGCCCAUUUUACUCCAACCAAAGAGUUACUCCAGCCAUCUCUCAGCCCAGGAACUGCUCACAGCCAUGGUUUUGAAAAAGGGAAGGAUGAUGUGUCACAAAGCAAAGAGGAUACAGCACAUUCUAUGUCAAAAAGCAAGUCUGAAUCCAAGCUUUUCAAUGGCUCUGAGAAGGACAUCUCUUUAUCUUCAAGCAAGCUUACAAAAAAAGAAUCUCUCAAGGUUCAAAAGAAAAAUUACAGAGAAGAAAAGAAGAGAGCUACAAAAGAAUUACUUAGCACUAUCACAGACCCAUCAGUUAUUGUUAUGGCUGACUGGUUGAAGAUUCGUGGUACCUUGAAAAGCUGGACCAAACUGUGGUGUGUACUGAAACCAGGAGUGUUGCUUGUUUACAAAACCCCCAAAAAUGGCCAGUGGGUAGGAACAGUGCUCCUGAACGCUUGUGAACUCAUUGAGAGGCCUUCUAAAAAAGAUGGCUUUUGUUUCAAACUCUUUCAUCCUUUGGAGCAGUCCAUAUGGGCUAUAAAGGGUCCCAAAGGCGAAGCAGUUGGUUCUAUAACUCAGCCAUUGCCCAGCAGUUAUUUGAUCAUCCGAGCUGCUUCAGAAUCAGAUGGCAGGUGUUGGAUGGAUGCUUUGGAGCUGGCACUGAAAUGUUCAAGUCUGCUUAAACGUACAAUGAUUAGAGAAGGUAAAGAACACGAUUCAGCAGACACUACUCAUGUCUCUCUCUAUGGUCUGCUUCGUGCUAACAACUUGCACAGUGGAGAAAACUUACCGUUAAAUGACAGUGAAAUUGAAAGGCAUCACUUUAAAGAUCAAGAUAUGUACUCUGACAAAUCUGAUAAGGAAAAUGACCAUGACCACGAGGAAUCUGACAAUGAUGGAUUGGGGAAAAGCGAAGAAAGUGAUAGUGACACAUCAGAGCGACAGGAUGAUUCUUACAUCGAUCCAGAGCCAAUUGAUAUCAAGGAAACUACUUAUUUAGAACAGAGUCAUGAAGAAAUCGGGGAGGCAGGGGAGGCUGCUCAGACAGAAGUAGUGUCAGAAGAAAACAAAAGUCUGAUCUGGACACUGCUGAAGCAAGUCCGGCCAGGAAUGGACUUGUCCAAGGUUGUACUGCCUACGUUUAUCUUGGAACCUCGUUCUUUCCUGGACAAGCUGUCUGAUUACUACUACCAUGCAGACUUUCUGUCUGAGGCUGCUCUUGAAGAAAAUGCUUACAACCGCAUGAAAAAAGUAGUGAAGUGGUAUUUGUCAGGAUUCUACAAAAAGCCAAAGGGACUAAAAAAGCCGUACAAUCCCAUACUUGGUGAGACUUUCCGCUGCAUGUGGAUUCAUCCAAGGACGAAUAGCAAGACUUUUUACAUUGCAGAACAGGUAUCACAUCAUCCUCCAAUAUCUGCCUUCUACGUUAGUAACCGCAAGGACGGUUUUUGCCUUAGUGGUAGCAUUCUGGCCAAAUCAAAAUUCUAUGGGAAUUCAUUAUCUGCCAUCCUAGAUGGAGAAGGACGGCUAACAUUCCUAAACAGGGGAGAAGAUUAUGUAAUGACAAUGCCAUAUGCUCACUGUAAAGGAAUUCUUUAUGGCACAAUGACCUUAGAGCUUGGGGGAACAGUCAACAUCACCUGUGAGAAAACUGGCUACAGUGCAACAAUUGAAUUCAAACUCAAGCCUUUUUUGGGUAACAAUGACAGUGUUAACCAAAUAUCAGGGAAAAUUAAGCUUGGCAAAGAAGUUCUGGCUAUUUUGGAGGGUCACUGGGACAGUGAAGUUACUAUUAGUGACAAGAAGACAGAUGUUUCAGAGACAUUCUGGAAUCCGACAUCUGAUAUCAAGCAGCGUAGAUUACCUAGAUACACAGUGAAGUUUGAAGAGCAAGAUGACUUUGAGUCAGAGAAGCUUUGGCAACAAGUUACAAGAGCAAUAAAUAACAAAGACCAAACAGAAGCUACUCAAGAGAAAUACGUUCUGGAAGAAGCUCAGAGAAAGAGUGCCAAAGAGAGGAAACUUAAGGGUGAAGAGUGGACGUGCAAGCUGUUCGAUCAGGAUUCAGUCACAGGAGAAUGGCACUACAAAUAUGCCGAUACCAGACCAUGGGACCCUUUGAAUGAUAUGAUCCAAUUUGAAAAAGAUGGCACCAUCCAAACAAAAGUUCGACAUCGGACACCAAUGGUUAGUGUUCCAAAAAUCAAACGAAAGCCAGCCAGCCAGAAGAAAGGGGAGUGUGGCUUCUCAUCCCCGGAGCCUGAUAACCAAGAUUCCUCUGGGAGUGAAGCGCAACUUCUGAAGCAUAAUACAAGAAUAAGGAAAAAAGGGGCAGACCUUGGUGAACUGCAGAGUGCCAUUGAAUCUAUAAAGGAAACACAAGAAGACAUUAAGAGGGACAUUAUGGCUCUACGAAAUAGAGUUGCUUCUAAUUCACCACCCGUGGACUACCGUUUCUUGCAGUUUAAGCACUAUAUCAUCAUUUUACUCAUGGUUCUGCUACAGCUUAUCAUUAAUUUUGUGUUCAAAUAGGAAGUGUGAACAAGGGCCUUUCUGAACUGGAAUGAUCGAACUGUUACUGGGGACCAUAUUUUAAGUUGGACUUUAAAUGAUGCAAUACUAUCUAAAAGAGCCCUGUAGCAACAACUUACAGAACUUUGCCUCAGCGUCCGUGGUUCAGAAUCAUACUCCCGUCUACCCAGUUGAAGUAAGAAUUGUGUAAGUGCCAGUACACUCUUGCUCCUGGUGUGUGCCUCUCUCUCGCAGACAUACGACAUCCGCCUUGUGUUUUAUAUUACGUCAUAUGCUGUACUGAUGAAUCU